UGCCCAUCCUGUUCAAACGCCCUUACUGUUUCGACCGUUGUCCCACUUGGUGAACACGAACCAGUUAACCGCCUUGAAUGUCAGACCUGCCCGUAUCAGUAUGUGAUCACGAAACAGUACUACGAAAGGAAAGUUUUUGUCCGCAAAGAGCGAGAAGACGUUUUUGGUGGGCCUGGCGCAUGGGAUAACGCCGACAAGGCUCAAAUGCAGUGUCCCAAAGAGGGAUGUGACGGAGAAGAGGCCGCAUUUUUUCAAGUACAGAUUCGCAGUGCAGAUGAGCCAAUGACUGGCUUUUACAAGUGCAUGACUUGUGGAAACCGCUGGAGAGAGAACUAA